AUGGAUUCACACUAUACCUAUGAGUACAUGGGUCUCACCCCAAAAGCGGCACGAUCGAUCUACAACGAUGGAAAAGAGAUUCGAGAUGGCUUGUUGAGAGACUACGGCGAGGGUUUCAAUUCGGACUUUCUUGAGUGUAGCUUGGAGAGAUAUAUUGUCAAGAGGGUGAAUGAGAUUUGCGAUGAUGUACUGCGAGAUAGCGAUGACGAUAGAAACAACUGGGUGGAAGCAAUGACAGCGGCUGGCAUCAAGAAAGAACUCCAAGAUGCUAUAAUGGAUGAGAAGUUCGAGGCUAUCCGCGGCACGCAGUCUCUCCAGGCCUGGCUUGAGGAAAUCUUCGGCAACUACUUUCGCACACUCGAACAUCUUGAUGAGCGCGUCUUAGAACAAGAGCAAUCGUCAGGGCCGAUUCCAAGGGGAGGAGCGAAUGAAGACGAUGUGGUGGCAUCACCGCCUCCAGGGCAUCGGGUCCUAUUCAAAAGCAUCGAGUUCCAUAAAGCACAAUCCGUCUUCAGUACCGAAGAAACCGAUAAUGGCGAAAUGUCUCAGGAACUUAACUUUGUUCCAUUGCAUUCGGGAUAUCCUACAGAUUUCUGUUGCUAUACUGGCCUAUACUUCACAGAUGCACUCUGGGUAGCCAAGACACAUGCGCUGUACCUCAAGCGCACUUGCCCACCUGCUGACAUCUGGCUUCUCGAGCUACACGUUCCAAUCGAGCACUUUGAAAAACUUGAGGUAUUGGAGCUUGGCUUUGAUGACACAUUCAAGAAAAUCGUUUGGUACUCCAGGCGCGGAAAACUUCUUCCAAUGAAUUUACUGAAGAUUCAAUCUGGCUUUGAGAUUCUUCAUGGACCCUGUACCACGCAACAAUCCAAGAGCUAUGCAAAGAUGAAGGAAUGGAAUGAGAUUAUGGAUAAGCAUUUGCUGACUAGAACGACAACUGAUAAGCGUGGGGCGUCUAAGCAAGAGGUGGCAAUACAGUAUAUGUGGAUUAGCGAUAUAGGAGUGUCCGAACUUACCGAUGAUUGCAAGGGAAAGGCGUAUCUGCGAAAGUCACUCAAGGGUCGGUCACUUAAGAAAAACGCUUUUGUGAAGGAGAAGAGUGUUCUCUAG